UGGCGGGGACUGGAGGGGUCCACCAUGUCAUCAGCUGGUGCCCAGUGUCACCUGAAAAACUGGAAGGUGAUGCUGUGGGUGGUGGCCUCUCUCCUGGCGCUGGCAGAUGGUGUUCUCCUCCGGGGGGCCAGAAGGGUGGAGCCCAGCCCAGUGACUGCGCGAGUCCCAGAUAAGGUGGGCUGGCACCCUGCUGACAUCCCUGAAGUGGAAGAACUGGGUGAGGGAAGAGAAAUCCGCUCUGCGUGGGUUGGCCUUUUUGGGAAUCCGUCUCUAUCAGAGGAAGUGGAUGAGCAUCCAAGCCGGUGGGCACGUUCCCCAAACAGAUCCACCUCUCCCAAAACCUCGAGGAAGAACAGAAAGCCCAAAGGCAGCCGGGACUGCCGGAUAGAGAGGACGAUGAUCAGCGUUCGAGACCUGGGGCUGGGCUACGACUCGGACGAGGUCAUCCUCUUCAAGUACUGCGUGGGCACCUGCGAGGACUCCCGCAAGAACUAUGACCUGGCCCUCAAAGCCCUGGUCAAGAAGGGGAACAUCUCAGCCAAGAGGCUGAGCGCCCGGCCCUGCUGCCGGCCCACCCGCUACGACACCGUGUCCUUCAUGAACGCCAACACCGCCUGGGAGACCAUCGACCUGCUCUCGGCCGCCAACUGCAGCUGCGUGGGCUGAAGGGCCCCGAGCCCGCCCUGCGAGCGAGCGAGCGAGCGAGCGAGCGCCCGCUUGGAAGAGAAGGAGAAGCGGCGGCGGCGGCGGCGGCGGCUGCCGUUGGACAUCGAGGCCAAGGUCGGGAGCGGCGGGAAAGGAAAGGGAGGCUGGGACUCGGGCUCGCCGCAGUCCGCCAGCACGGGGUCUCCGCUCCAGGGUCCGAGAGCUUCCCUUCCCGCCUGCUGCGCUGGAGAGCCGUGGGUUGUGAAUCCUCAGCAAUGCUGGCGAAGAGAACUUGACGAUACCCCCGGGCUGAGUCCUUCCAGUUACUGCGGGAAGAGAGCGAGCAACCAUGAGCUUUCCCCAGGCGGAAGCUUUCUGGUCUCCAGAAGAGGAUGUCUAGGAAGUGGACAAUAUUGGUCCAUGUAUGGAAUCACUGUUAAGACAAGGCGUGUUAGGGGAUCAAAUCUGUGGAUGUGACCAGCUUUUCAAGAGGACCCAUCUUGGCAUUGAAGAAGGGAGUGAAAAGACAAAUUUUAUGGGUUGUGUACUUAAUUAUUCAGUGAUGCCAAGCUCCCUGUCCCUUUUGGAAACCGUUGACUGAAGAUACUGCAGAGGGCAACCACGAAGGGCUGCAACCACUCAAACUUGGAUUUUGGAUCCAUAGAACAGCACUCUUAUGAUCUUAAUAUUAAAAAUAAGUGAGAGGAUUGUUGGUUUCAGGGUUUUCAAGGGUUUUCUGAGCAGAAGAGAAGAGAGAGGAUAUGUCUGUGUCAAGCAGCAAACAUGCAUAGGGUUUACAAUGUUUUCAAUGAUCUAUGUGCUAUAAAUUAUAUUUAUAGGUAAGUAGUUUUGUCAAGUGAUGCUCCUUACCCAGACACUUAUAACAUGUAUGUGUGUCAAGUAAUUUUCCAUAUUUUCCAAUCCAUAGAAUAUAAGUGACAGCUCUAAGCAAUUUGGACAUAAAGAUGCGGUGAUUCACUGAUUCCAUUGAUAGCUAUUUCUACUCUCGUUAUUACCUGAGGCUAAAUCAAGUGGUGUUGUGGUGGCUGAUGACAUUAAACACCAUAUGUCCCCAAUAAGUAGAUCACUGAUCUGUUCACCUUUCUUUGCUCUUUAAAGUCGUAAAGGCUUGCUGCUGGUAGUCAACUGAAUUUCAAAGUUAAAAUUAUACUUACCAUACCAAGUAGUACUUUCUAGCCAAGUCAACAGAGACUCUGUAAUGAGGCUGUUUGUGGCUCUAUAAUGAUGCCCAGUACAUAUCCAGACUGUAGAAACUUCAGCAGCCUCUUUCAUUAAGGCCAGUAGGUCAAAAAUAUAUGAGGAGUUAUGUGUUGGUUAUGCAUUGUAAUAGGGGUAAUAGGGAAGGGGCUGUGAGUCACUGGACCACAGGAGUCAUAUUUCGUGACCAUUGAUGGCAAUUAACACAUUCUGUGAAGAGAAAGCCUUUUUUUGUUUACUUUCACGUGGCUCGUCCAUAAAUUCAGAUUGUACUGAAUGAGUGUUUUAUGCAGUCGUCCUAAUCUGUCUGUGCAGACGCAUGGCUCUUAGAAGUACAUUCAUCUUGUUUUUUUUUACAUUUGGGUGUCAGUGGUACUGUGAAUAGAGUAAGCGUGACAUGAUUUUUGAGGGCCCAGUGGUGGAAAUGUAAAACUGCUUUUCAUACAACAGAUCAUGGUGGAUAAGCAAACUGUAGUUCAGAGUCAGGUUCUUUUGUUUAGCCAAAGUCAGACCUUAAAUAGAACAGCUGUACCAAAGCAAAGAAUCAAUCCUAUGUUUGGAUCUCCUCAUCUUUGUGAUUCAUAAACCUUCAGCUUAGAUCACCAUAAAUGAUGUGUUGCAGCAUGUCAUAUGAAAGGUAUUACCGUUCACUGGCAUCUGCCGUAUGUUGUGGUGGAAACAUUUUUGUCCAGUGGUUUAUUUUGAAUGCUUAACACAGGAGGGCUGAUUUCCAUUACUUAAAGGUUUGAGACUACAGAUAUUUGAAGUGUGUCCGGAUAGUAUCAGCUGCCUUCAACAGAAGCGCAGUUUUAAAAAGAUCAGUGCUUACAAAGCCAGGCCACAGAUAGUUCAAAGGCGAAUUCAUCUCAGUGAUCACAAUGUUUACAUGUCCAAACACAACAGUAUGGAAGUAUAAACAGGGUAAGAAGAAUAGUUUUAGUCGUUUUAAGGUCAGCAUAAAUAUAGUCAAUUAUUUCAUUUAUGCCAUUGUAAACCUAUAAAUGAAUAUAAAUAACUUGCGUUGUUUUGGUGGGAAAUGUUUCACAGGUUUAUUUUAUACAUUGUAUUUUUUAUGACUCAUGAAUAGAAUUGGACUUUCUUGUUCAUUCUCGUGUGCUUUCAAUGUCUUACCUAUAUUGAAGUUGUCUGUUCACGCAUUGAGCCUUACCUUGCCUUCGCUCCAUACAAACCCAAUUCAGCAACAGUCAUAGCGGAUAGCGAUUUUACAAUAAUGGGGGACACAAAACAGCACUGCUUUUUUUCUCCGGGCUCAUCCGCCUUUAAUUCAUUCCUCUUUUUUGGGGGGGAAAAGCUGCUGAAGGUGUGGAUUUUGGGUAGAUGGGGAUGUACAAAUCACAUCUGACCGACAGAAAACUUUCUCUGGGUCAAGUAAAAGAAGGAACACACACACACAAGAGAGGGUGGGGUCUUCACUGUGCAACAGCUAUGUUUCAGUUAUACUUUCAGUAUUCAGUAUUUUGAUUUUCUUCACUGAUUUGAGUCUGCAGUAGCAGUUUGGCUAUGGGAAACAAAAAGGUAUUUACUGUCCGUGUCAUUACAAAAAUAAAAGUGAAGCAUUUUUCUUCUUCGCCUCUCAAAGGUGAAUUAAGAUUUAAAAUGUUUUUGUUUUUCAGCCAGACUAUACGAACCAUUGUUUAUUGGAUAUUGUAUAUUUUCCUUGGUUUCUCAGGAUUUAUUGGUACUGUAAUUCCUAAUGUUUUGCUUCUUCGUUGGAGGAGUCAGGAUAUACAUUGACCUCUUGUUUGUGUAACCCUUAAAGGUUGCUCCAAGACCUAUGUUAAAGUUAACUGAAAAUAUCACAUGUAGUUUUGUAGUCCAAGGAAAGAUAUGCAGCAUGUAUCACAUCGAAACAAUUGCCAGAAAUCGAACCUUAAUUUAACAAUAGCACAUUAAUUUCAUUAACUCCAGACAUGUGGGUCGGAAUAAACAUUACCUGACUCUCCCAGCAUUUGACUGUCAGCUUAAACCCCACCCUGUUUUCAUGUUGGGUUGAUUGGGAACGUGUGCCCUCACUAUAAGGUUUUGCAAUGAAAAUGUGACGAGGGGGUUAAUGCUGUAAGCUAUGUUCAGUUGCAAGUGUCCCUCAUAAAACACUAUCCUGUGUCUACUGUAAGGAAGCUGAUCGGUUGGUGGUGGUGUGUGUCUUGUAAAUUGUGGCACACUACUACCCAGGGAUACACAAGCAAAUCAUACCUAGGGUUACACAAGCAAAUCAGCUGCAUUCAAAGUCAGCUUCCUGUAUACCUUCCCUGUCAUUUAAGCACAAACUGAACAUCACUAUUGGAUGCUAUGCAUCUCCUCGCAUUUUUGUACCAUAGGGAAAAUAUUUAUUACAUUUAAGUUAUUUAUUUAUUAUCAUUUUUUUAAUUAAAUAUGUUCUCACAAAUACCAAAUGUCUAUUAUUUAUGAAGUGGCCAUUUAUAUUUUGGUUUGUUUUGCCAUUAGUCAUAUUGCAUUUAUCAUGUUUUUUUUCACUUUGUUUAAUGUGGAAGCAUUCAGCAAGACCCUUCCUGUCUAACAGUUAAAUCACAGUCAAAGAAGGAAAAUGAUUGACGUACAAGUACCCAUAUUUGGCAUUUUAAAAGCAGCUGUACCCACUGAACUUAAUGUUAACUGGUCAGGAAGCUGUGUCUAGCCUAUCCAAACUAUGUUUUAAAAUAUGACCUAAUGAUGGGAAUAUUAAAAAUAUAUGACUGUCGAAGCUACAUUCAUGUGUAUGGUCAGUGUGAGCAGCCUGUUCAGUUUUUAUAGAGAUCUGUGCUUAUACCUGCCAGUAUUACCUUCAGGGACCACAUAGUUAUGCUCCUUGACUCUGCCCAUUUGAGACAUCAAUGUUCUUGCUGUUCCUUAAAAUUUUAAGCUUCCAAUGUUACAUUGAAUAUGACACACAAUUUCUUGAAAAUAGGAAAGUAACAUUUUAACAGUAUU